AUGAAGCGGGGAAUUCCAGCUCUCGACGUUUUAGUUUGCAAUUUAUGCUACAAUGAUUUAUAUGCUACGAUAUAAUUAAAAUAUGGCGUCUUCGUCUGGGCAUUGCCUCCCGGCCAUGCAGCCUCGACUCAUAUUUUAAUUAUAUCCGGCAAGGUUUUACCAUUCUAGAGAUGGACGGCAAUACUAGGUAAGCAAUUCUGGUGGAGUUCAGAGCCUAGUCCUAGUCUAUUCUCAGGGGUGGAUUUUUCCUCGUGGGGAAGGAGGGCACGGAGUUGGAAAGGGGAAGCUCAGCAGAGUCCGUUAGGACCAAUCGGGCAACUUCCUAGCGUGAAACUGGGCGUUACGUCCCAGGCUACGUGUUUUUCCUUUUUGCCGAUAGCCGACCAGAAAAUCCAUUUUUUGGGUUUUUCGGAAAAGCAACCCAUGUAACAAGCAAGUAGCUCAUCCAUGAGCCGUUGAAGCCGGAAUACUCUCCCGAGAAGCACCUUGGUGAUCGAAGCAGGGCCAUCCCCAGCGACCUGUGGGCCCGAUGCGACGCAAGGCGAGUGACAGUACCUGGGGUUGUCACCCCGCAGUGGACGUUAAGCGUAUAAAUUCUAUAAGAUAAGAUAAGAUUUAUAUGCUACGAUUUACCAAUGCAAAAAAGGGCAUUCUUACUGUGAAGCUUGCUAUAAUGAUAAUUUAGAUUGCAAUAUUUGUAGGACUGCAAUUUUGCCUUUUAGAAAUAGGGUUGCUGAAGAAAUCACGACUGAAAUUGAUAUCCCUUGCAAAUGGAAACAAUGCAAGGAGGCUUGGCCCUUCAAAGAUUUAGCAAAUCAUGAAAGAAACUGCAAAUAUAAAGCAAUUCAAUGCAGUCUGUGCAAUGGUUUCGUUACUUUUAUGCCUGAUAAAAUUGUAAAGCAUGCAGAAUCAGCCCAUAAUAUCGCCUUCAAACCUAAAAAGCAGCCUUUCUCAAUUGAUAAGAGUGACCCUGAUAUAAAAACAAAACAAAAAGGAAUAAAGAUAAACAAUAUCUUUAUAAUACUAAAAUUGCAUAAGUCCAGUGAUGGCAACACUUAUGUCACUUUCCAAACUUUAGAUUACCGGCAGCAAUUGAUUUUUGUUAGUGCUCAAAGAUUUAAUCAAUCAAUAGCAGUAUCUGGAGGAGAAUCGCAUCUAAUUUUUAAGACAAAUAGCAAAGGACCUAUUAGAGUAAUGGUAAGAAUACAAUAA